AUGUUCGCCAUUUUGUUCGCCAUCUGUAGUUUGCCACUCUGGGCAACAGCGUUAAAUAGCACCGUAAAAUCGGUUCCCAACUUUGCUCCAAGGUGCGAUCCGCUGGACCAGUGCGAUCCGUAUUUUUCCGUGGCUAAUUUUGCCAAGGUCUCCUGGAUUGAGGCUAACCAUAUAUGCAAUAGAGUCGGUGCCGUCUUGGCAACUGUCAGAAAUGAGGAAAACCAUCAGCUAAUCCUAGACUACGUUAAUUCGAAUGAAAGGGUCUUUGGAAACAAGACAUUUUGGCUGGGUGCCACAAAUCUAGUGGAGCGCGCCUAUAUCUGGACUUGGUUGAGCACUGGAAUUCCCGUAACCUACGCACAGUGGGCCAAACACGAACCGAAGUCCGACUUAGAUGGCUCAGACGCCUGCCUGUUCCUAGGAUUGGACAAUUUUUGGCACAGUGCCUCCUGCGGUGCAAAGCACUAUUUCAUCUGCGAAAAUAUUUGCCAGCUAAGUUACACAUCGUUAGACCAGAAAAUAUACUUAUAAAAUUGUAUCUCGAAAGCACCGAUUUUGAGGUUUAAAAAAUGAUUUAAAAAUGUUAAUGUUUAGCUAAAACCCGUAAAGCAACAACCAUUUUGUAAAGCUUGUCGAGCCCAUUGCGAAUUCAGAAAAAUUAAAAAAUAACAAUCUACUACCACAACGACAUUACACAAUCAAGUACAAUAAACUGAAUAAUUUAUCAAAAAUA